CAUUGGUGACUUCACAUUCUGAGGAUUCUUCACAGUCCACAGAUCCAGUUAUGUGAAUGUUGUGGUUAUUUAUUGUACUUCUUUGGAUUAUUAAUUGUGGGGGAAAAACAUUAUUGAAAUUUUAUUUGCAUAAGUUCUAUUUAGUAUAUGCGAAUAACUGAAUGACACCGACACCCGGGUUAUCCUGUUAGCUAGCUGGUUCACGGUAGCUAGGAGCUGAAAGACCGGGUUCUGAAAGGAAUCGGACCGCAGCUUGUACCCAAAGAAGUGAAUAGCACUGCGGUUCAAUUGCAUCGCGAAAAGACGAUGUCUACAAGGGGGGGUGUGCGUGAUGAAAUCCACUGCUCUCCAUUGGGGAGAUAACUAGCUAGGCAGCUAGCUAUAUCUGCCUCUGGCGAUGCCAUUAGUUAUAAAAUAAUACCAGCGACCGUGCAAGACAAUGAGAGCAUAAACAGGAAUAAACGAAGGGCUUUUCAAAAUCUUACUACGAGAUGGUAGAAUACCAGAAUGUACAGAGCACUGGAAACUGCUCAGAUCCACCAUCGACACCCUCUUUCCAGACAUCCCCGCGUCUGCCUGCCCGGGACUGCCUUCGGCUCCAAAGAAGCAAUGUGUGCUCACGUGCAUACUUUGUGGUAGUUAUGGUGUUCUUCCACCUCUACAUAAUAAACAUAAUAGCCCUUUUGCUGUAUGUGCAUUAUAACACCGGAUCUCGGGAGGUUCCUGUCUUAGACAGAAGCAACAGUAUACCACCUCCACCACCCCUCGAACGCCAAGUCACCUCUCGCGAUCUGAGCAUGUCUGCAGAUCACCCUUUUCGUCUCCCACGCUUGGAGGGUAUACGGGUUGGCCACACACAGAUGGUGUCUCUCUUUCCUGAGCGAUCUCACAGUUUGCGGACCCUCAGCUUGAAGCCAUUCUUAUUCGAGAUACCAGGGUUUCUGAGCCUGGAGGAGUGUGGUUUGGUAAUGCAACUGGCCCAGCUGAAGGGCAUGACCCCCAGCCCACCACCAGCACCUCUUGCCAGCCAGGAGGAGCAGCUGACCCAGGAUGAGCUUUUCCGUCUUCUGGACCUCAACCAGGAUGGCCUACUGCAGAAAGAAGAGAUACUGAGUCUGUCACUCUCACAUGAUGGGUCCUGGCUGGGUUCAUACAACUUACGUGAAAUUCACAUAGGUCUUGAAAGCAGCCCAGCCGGAGCACUGUCUUUACAGGAGUUCAGAGAGGUAAGUGGCGAUGUGUUUCAUCAUGGUGGUCUGGAGUCGGGCUUGUAUGGAUAUAAUCAAGUUAGGCAGAAGAGCACCCAGACACGACUGUACCUGGGAGAAGGUGCACACCAUAUACUGAAGAGCAUCAGGAACAGGGUGACUCGUUUAACCCGACUCCCAUCAUCAUUGGUUGAUCUCAGUGAGCCCUUGGAGGUGGUCCGCUAUGAGCAAGGUGGAUACAGUCAUGCCCACCAUGACAGUAGCCCUGCACAUCCAGACAGCUGCUGUGCACAUACACAUCUGGCUGCGAACAGCUCCACCCCCAGCCAGAUACCAUGCAGGUAUGUGACAGUAUUACUCUUUCUGAAUUCAGUGGAUGAGGGCGGGGAGAGCAGUUUCCCUGUGGCUGACAACAGGACCUAUGAGGAGGAGGCUUUGGGUGACCUCUCUGUGCAGUACUGUGCCAAAGGGAAUCUGAAGAUUAGGCCAGUAGCUGGCACAGCCCUGCUGUGGUAUAACAACCUUUCAGACGGCAAUGGUUGGGUAGGAGAGCUGGACGAGUUCUCUCUCCAUGGUGACUGCAUGGUCACUCGAGGCUCCAAGUGGAUAGGCAACAUCUGGAUCAACAUUGACCCUGACCAAGAGCGGCAGAAGCGCUACCAGCAACUGGUCUCUGGGCAACAGCUCAGGCAGGAAAGUCAGAACUUGGAGCAUAGUGACCUCCAUCAGGAUCUAUGAGCUUCACUACUUCCGACAAAGGCUGUCCCUUUUGUGCUGACUUGUCUUGGCUUAUCUCCCCCAUCCGCUUUUUAUCCUCCAAGAUCAUUUCCAGUUCAUCCAGCCGUUUUCAGCCCAAUGCUCAUUUUCACACUGUAGUGCUGGUCUCAGGUGCUCAACUCAGCUAAUAGCACUUUUCAUAGCCAUACUGCUCUCUGGUGGUGUUAGUAUGUCACAUAUCAUUUGACUGGAGGGUUUUGACUGAAAACUACUUUGUUAUAUUAAAACCUCUAUUUAACAAUUUAAAUUAUGAUAGCAGUUCUGUUAUUGGAAUGUUAUUUAUUCAUAAAAAUAUUUAUUGAAUUAUGCAUAUUUAUUGUUAAGUACGUAUUUAUUUAUUCAAUGGAGUUUAUUUAUUCUCACAAAGUAUGUUUUGGUUUGGUUAUCUACUCGGUGCACUUUAAGUUUGAUUUAUUGCAAUAGCAAAGUAUGUCUGUAAUUAUGUCACAGUUAAGAUUAUAAAUGGCAAAUAAAUGCAACCAACGUGAACUGA